CAGAUUUCUUCACAAAGCCCGCACAUUAUUCCCAGCUGCAAAGGGAGCAGCAAUGGCGGGGGAAGGGGGGCAUCCCCUCUUACGGGGGACGGUAAAGAUGGGGAAACUGAGGUUCACAGAAACUCGCCAGGGUUACGUAGCAAAUAGGCAAGAUCAGAAUCUCCGACCUUGCUUGCAGGCGCCUGGUCCAGUUGUCUUGGGGCCUUUGUGGGCCCCCUGGAAGCUCCCAUCACCUCCUAACCCUGCCUAAAUCAGGAAGCUGAAGAGAUGGUGGGGCCUUACAUGGUGUGAUAAGUUGGGCCUGUUCAGAGGAUGGGGCUGAAUGGCGGGGGAGAGGGGGAUGCUGCCUGGAGGCGUGGCCACAGAGUUGACCUUGCCCUUCUGUGGGGGUGGGGAGCAGGUGGAGGGAGGCUGCCCGGUGGAACGAAGCUGAGAGACUUGAUGGGAGAGUGGGUGGUGCAAUGAUGGGCUGGUGUUCCGAGGCGGGAGGGGGGCCUGUAGUGGUGCUUAUGCCUACGUGGUAAAUAUUGCAAAUGUCAUUUACCUGGCAGUGGGAGAGCCGCAGGGCAGGGAUGGGGUGGUGCAUGUAGAAGAGCAGGAUUUAAGGGAGGAGUGCCUUCUAUGCCUAAGAAGCACCCUGUGUUUGGAACAGGGGAAUGCCAGAGACUGUGUGUAGGUCCCAGCUAGAGACCAGAGACACAGGUGCCUGGCAUGUGACCACCACUCUGUUCCUCAGUUUUCUUAUCUGCCUUCUACUCAGUGGAGGUCUGAAGAUGGAACAACGAAGCAUACAGUAGACGCUCAAAAAAGCAUUUGCUGCCACUGUUUGUCCUCGCAGUAGCCUCAUCCUAUUCCUCUCCUAGGGGAAGACAUUAUCCUCGGAGCCCCCGCCCAGUCUUUCCAAUGAGGCCUGCAGCACUAGGCUCCCCAGGUCACAUGUCCCUGGAAGAUGAGGGACCUGUCAUGGUGAAGCUGGAGGACUCUGAGGAGGAGGGUGAGGCCGCCCCGUGGGAUCCCGGCCCAGAGGCUGCACGCCAGCGUUUUCGACACUUCCACUAUGAGGAGGAAGAGGGUCCCCGUGAGGCCCUGGCCCGGCUCCGGGAGCUGUGUCGCCAGUGGCUGCGGCCCGAGGCGCACUCCAAGGAGCAGAUGCUGGAGCUCCUGGUGCUGGAGCAGUUCCUGUGCGCACUGCCCCCUGAGAUCCAGGCCCGUGUGGAGGGACAGCGGCCAGGCAGCCCUGAGGAGGCCGCUGCCCUGGUCGAGGGGCUGCGCCAGGAGCCAGGAGGCCCCCGCAGAUGGCCUCAGACUCCAGAAUGUGGGCCUAGGACACCAUCUGAAGCCACACAAGAGUCACCACUGGGCCUUCGGGUGAAAGAGGAGCCCACGGUUACAGAGGACCCAGAGCUUCUGGAUUCUGGGCCUGCAGCCAACCCCCAAGAAGCCACUUCCACUCUCCUGCCUGAAGAGGCCCAGGACUGUGAGAUAGGGCUGGACCAGGCCUCUCCCCACAGUGAGACUGUGCUUGAAGGGCCUUCAUGGAGGGAGCAUCCUGGGGCCCUGUGGCAGGAGGAAGCUGGGGGCAUCUUCCCUCCAGGGUUUGCGCUCCACAUGGACAGCAUCUCUGCUGGCCCAGGCACUGUGAGCCCCCACCUCCACAUCCCCUGGGACCUCGGCAUGGCCGGCCUCACCGGCCGACUCCAGUCACCCUCCCGUGAAAGUGACUUCUCACAUGCACUCGUGCUCCCCAGUGGCCCUGGAGGUGAGCAGAACCCCACGAACGAGGGUCCCCGCCAGCUCCUGGGCCCCAUACUGCCCACUGCCCGCUGGCGCGCGCCCAGGACCCAAGGCCGGGGCCGGGGCCGCCCCAGCACAGGCCCCGCGGUGGGGCGGGGCGGCCGCUGCGACGUGUGUGGGAAGGUGUUCAGCCAACGCAGCAACCUACUGAGGCACCAGAAAAUACACACGGGAGAGCGGCCAUUCGUGUGCGGCGAGUGUGGCCGAAGCUUCAGCCGAAGCUCGCACCUUCUGCGCCAUCAACUCACGCACACCGAGGAGCGGCCGUUUGUGUGCGGCGACUGUGGCCAGGGCUUCGUGCGCAGCGCGCGCCUGGAGGAGCACCGGCGAGUGCACACAGGCGAGCAGCCCUUCCACUGCGCUGAGUGCGGCCAGAGCUUCCGGCAGCGCUCCAAUCUGCUGCAGCACCAGCGCAUCCACGGCGACCCCCCGGGCCCCGGCACCGCGCCCAGCGCGCCCCCCACGCCUCCCGGCGCGCCGGAGCCCCCCGGCCCCUUCCCCUGCAGCGAGUGCCGCGAGAGCUUCCCGCGGCGAGCCGUGCUCCUGGAACACCAGGCAGUGCACACGGGUGACAAGUCCUUUGGCUGCGUGGAGUGUGGCGAGCGUUUCGGCCGCCGCUCCGUGCUGCUGCAGCACCGGCGAGUGCACAGCGGCGAGCGACCCUUCGCCUGCGCCGAGUGCGGCCAGAGCUUCCGGCAGCGCUCCAACCUCACACAGCACCGGCGCAUCCACACAGGCGAGCGGCCCUUCGCCUGUGCGGAGUGCGGCAAGGCCUUCCGCCAGAGGCCCACGCUCACGCAGCACCUGCGCGUGCACACAGGCGAGAAGCCCUUCGCCUGCCCGGAGUGUGGCCAGCGCUUCAGCCAGCGUCUGAAGCUCACGCGCCACCAGCGGACGCACACCGGGGAGAAACCCUACCACUGCAGCGAGUGUGGCCUGGGCUUCACCCAAGUCUCGCGGCUCACCGAGCACCAGCGUAUCCACACGGGUGAGCGGCCCUUUGCCUGCCCUGACUGCGGCCAGAGCUUCCGGCAGCACGCCAACCUCACCCAGCACCGGCGCAUCCACACGGGCGAGCGGCCCUACGCGUGCCCGGAGUGCGGCAAGGCCUUCCGCCAGAGGCCCACGCUCACGCAGCACCUGCGCACCCACCGGCGCGAGAAGCCCUUUGCCUGCCAGGAUUGUGGCCGCCGCUUCCACCAGAGCACUAAGCUCAUCCAGCACCAGCGCAUCCACAGCGCGGAGUAACCCCCUUCUCUGCGCCUCGGCUUUGGGCCUUUUGUCGGGGGAGGGGAGCGCGUUCGCUCAGAACACUUACCUCACAGGGUGGUUGUGAGGCCUCUCAUCAAGUUUGGGUACAGGCGGGCCCCCCCAGGACGUGGCUCCCAGUAGGUGCUCAAUAAACAGUAGGCAGAA